AUGACUUCCAAAGUUUCAAAACCGACUACCCCGACCGACAACGGCAAAGUUUUGGUCGACGGCAGGGAAACUUGGUCCGGAAAAGUUGAUUUUCUUCUUUCGGUUAUUGGGUUUGCUGUUGAUCUUGCCAAUGUUUGGAGAUUUCCGUAUUUAUGCUACAAAAAUGGUGGUGGCGCAUUUUUAGUUCCUUACUGCAUCAUGUUAGUAGUCGGAGGGAUUCCUUUGUUCUAUAUGGAACUAGCUCUAGGGCAAUUCAACCGGAAAGGAGCUAUUACAUGCUGGGGACGACUUGUUCCUUUACUAAAAGCUUUGAUAGCCUUCUACGUUGAUUUUUACUACAACGUAAUAAUAGCCUGGGCAUUGCGUUAUUUUUUUGCUUCGUUCACCAACAUGUUGCCCUGGACAACCUGCGGAAACUCUUGGAACACUCCUCUCUGUCGUGAAUUUAACACUAAUACUUCUGAUAAAUUUGUUAUUAACGAUUGGACUGAUUAUUACCAGACUUCUCUGUUACUUAAUGCAACUGACGUACUUGGUUCAAAUAAUACUUUAAAUUGGAGAAAUGAAACUGAUAAUUCAACAAAGUAUACAAGUGCUGCUCAGGAAUAUUUUAAUUCUGGCUUACACGAUCUUGGAAUAGUAAAGUGGGACAUUGCGCUUUGUUUGUUUAUCGUCUACAUUAUUUGUUAUUUUUCUCUAUGGAAAGGGAUCUCGACAUCCGGAAAAGUGGUAUGGUUCACGGCUCUAUUUCCAUACGCAGUCCUGCUGAUCCUUCUAGUACGUGGGGUAACUUUGCCCGGAAGCGGUGAAGGAAUAAAAUAUUACCUCAGCCCGAAUUUUACCGCAAUAACAAAUGCCGAGGUCUGGGUGGACGCUGCCACACAAGUAUUUUUUUCCCUGGGUCCGGGUUUUGGAGUUCUUUUGGCAUACGCUAGUUACAACGAGUACCACAAUAAUGUUUACAGCGACGCUUUGCUGACGAGUUUAAUCAACAGCGCGACUUCUUUCAUCGCCGGGUUUGUAAUUUUUUCAGUUCUUGGUUACAUGGCGCAUGCGAGCGGCCGUUCCAUUAAAGAUGUCGCCACUGAAGGGCCUGGUCUUGUCUUCAUUGUUUAUCCCGCAGCAAUUGCAACAAUGCCUGGGUCCAUUUUUUGGGCCCUGAUUUUUUUUAUGAUGUUAUUAACACUUGGUCUGGAUAGUUCAUUUGGAGGAUCAGAAGCGAUAAUCACGGCACUAAGUGACGAAUUUCCUCUAAUUGGGAACCAUCGGGAAAUAUUUGUCGCCUGUUUAUUCACCUUGUAUUUCCUAGUCGGUCUGGCAUCGUGCUCACAAGGAGGAUUUUAUUUCUUUCACUUAUUGGAUCGUUAUGCAGCUGGUUAUUCAAUGUUAUUCGCUGUGCUCGCUGAAGCAAUAGCCGUUAGUUGGAUUUACGGUACUGAUAGAUUUUGCGCGGAUAUUAAAGAUAUGAUUGGAUUUGCGCCAGGAUUGUAUUGGCGUGUUUGUUGGAAAUUUGUCGCUCCUAUUUUUAUUGUUUUCAUCAUCGUCUACGGUCUUAUGGGUUACGAACCUUUGACAUACGAUGAAUACACCUAUCCAUUAUGGGCGAAUAUAAUCGGAUGGAUAAUAGCUUCUUCUUCAGUCGCAAUGAUCCCAGGAAUGGCAAUUUACAAAAUAAUAAUAACCCCUGGAACAUUUUGUCAAAGAAUAAAAAUACUUACAACACCGUGGAGAGACACUCAACAGCAGACAGUAACCAUGAGGUCCACAGUUAGUUCAGUAGCAAAUGGCGCAGUACGAACAAGUCUGCUCGACGAAGGCGGCUUUGUCGACGUAUCGCCUAAAGAACAAUUGGACGUGACCAAGGAACAAAUCCAAGUUGUUCUCCACCCAGGUGACAAUGGAGAUCCGCCACCAGAGCCCGUCUAG